GUAGGGAAGGGAGGGAGGGCAGACUCAAAUCUGUUAAAAAACAGAUUGAGUUCAUCUGCCCAGAUCUUGUCCCCACUGGCUUGGUCUCUCCCCACUCCUUUACCAUGGCCUGUGAUGGUCUGCAGGCCUCUCCAGACUUCCCUGGCAUUAUUCUCCUCCAGCCGCUUCUCCAGUUUCCUCCUGUAGCAGUUCUUCCCCUUCCUGAUCUUGUGCCGGAGUUCCCUCUGGACUCUGCACAACUCCUCCUUGUCCCCCGAGUUGAAGACCCUCUUCUUCUUGUUCAGCAGGGCCUUGUUAAAAGGCAACAUGAAAUAAAAGGCUCAUUUGUAGUAAAAGCGGAAGAAUUCCCUUCCUACUAUUAUUCAUUGGACAUACCAAACAAACCACCUCAGAGUGUGGGAACCAAUCAUCUACAGGAAGGACAAGCGUUACUGCAAAAUAUUGAGGACACAAUGACUAGCGACAACUUACACAUAACUCUGUACUACCGAGGUACUUUAGGGCCAAAUCCAGAAUAUGAAAAACAAUUGGCGAGCAACACCAGGAGUUGUACUCAUUGGUUACAUCUAUUCAGAUGGAUCAACUACUGCGGUAGCAGGAGUUCAAUUAAAAGACCUACAAACGCUGUAUCGACAGUGGGAAACACCACAUGUGUCACUCUACAAGGCAAAAGGUGAAAAAUGGAAAGAUUUAACAGAAAUAGUACAAUUGGGACAACAAACGACUGACUGGGUGCAAACACCUGAAGGAGUCGACAGAAGUGAUAUUACAGGUUUACUAAGGAAAGCCAUAUUUUGGACUGUACAAGUACAAGAAGGACGACACCUUCAGAGUCCUGUAGAAUGACAGUAUGUGUUGACAGACGAGGAAGAAGAACAGCUCAAAACCAUACCUGAAACAUUGUGGUCACAGGGUCCAUCUGAUGUAGGUCAAAUUAAAGGAGCAUUACCAGUACACAUUAGAGCAAAAACAGAAUAUAGACCUUGUAUACGGCAAUAUGCUCUAAAACCAGAUGCAUACGAAGGUAUAAAGCCUGUAAUUGAUGAUUUAAUAAAAGCAAAAGGUAUAAUAGAAUGUCCAGAUUCACCAUGUCAUACUCCUAUUUUUCCAGUCAAGAAGGCUCCGCCUUCUGUUGGCUGGAGAAUGGUGCAAGACUUACAGGCGGUAAACAAUGCAGUGAUUCAAAGAGCACCAUGUGUACCUGAUCCACAUACGCUUUUAAAUUCGUUAAGGCCUGAUGCCACUUAUUUUACAGUAGUGGAUAUAAGCAAUGCUUUCUUUUCAGUACCAGUAGAUAAAGAAAGCCAAUUCUGGUUUGCUUUUACCUUUGGAGGAAAACGUUACACCUAUACAAGGUUACCCCAAGGGUAUUGUAAAAGCCCCACUAUUUAUUCACAAGCCAUGUCUGCUAGCAUGGCCAAGUUCAGUACACUCAGGCAGCUGAAUUAGUUGCAUUAACGGAAGCCUGUUAAUGAAAGAUAAAACAGUAACUAUAUGCACCGAUAGCCAAUAUGCAUAUGCUACUGUGCACACAUUUGCCCAAUAUUGGAGAAGCGGGGGCACGGUAACAUUGACAGGCAAGCCAGAUACAGAUGCGCACCUGUUACAGGAGUUAUUAGAUGCUGUUUAAUUACCAUUAAAACUUGCAAUUUGUAAAUGUGCUGCACACACCAACGGGCACUAAUAAAACCACAAAAGGAAAUGCAUUUGCAGAUAACAUGACUAAAGUUACUGCUGGAAAUUAAAUGACCGUAUUGACAGCACCACAACACCACCUAGAUAAUGAGGUUCUCAAAGGCAUGCAAUAACAAAUUCGUAGUCUGAAAUUAAAAUUUGGAAAACAAAAGGGGCUACACUUAAAAAUGCCUUCUAUGUUGACCAAAAUUUGAAGCAUAUUUUUCCAAAAAUGUAUAUAGAUGGGAGGCUAUUUUGAGCCAUGGUGUGUCACAUGUCUCAACAGGAGGGAUGGUUAGUCAGAUACAUCAAUAUUUUACAACCUAUGGCUUUAAUUCAUAUUCAAAAAAUGUUUGUAGAGCCUGUCUAACAUGCACAAAGCACAAUCCGAAAGGCAAUUUACGCCCGCGACGCGGUCGGUUUCCAACACCGCAAUAUCCUUUCCAGGUAAUACAUAUGGACUUCAUAGAGCUAAGCAAAAGCGAAGGAAAGAAAUUUUGUUUGGUCAUCAUAGAUGCAUUUUCUAAAUGGAUACAACUCUUUCCAACAAAGCAUCCUGAUGCCUUGACAGUGGUAAAAGCACUACGGAAAGAUAUUAUACCACGAUAUGGUAUACCUGACACGAUUUAUAGUGACAAUGGCUCUCAUUUUGUAAACCGGAUAAUACAAAAAAUAGGAACAAUGUUCCAUAUUAACUUAAAAAAUCAUUGUGCUUACCACCCUCAAAGCGCAGGACUAGUGGAACGAAUGAAUGGAACAAUAAAAAAUAGACUCAAAAAGUGUAUGGAGGAAACAGGGAGACCAUGGACACAAAGUCUUGAUCUCGUUAAAUUAUAUAUUAAUAUAACUGCUUCAAAUGGAUUAACACCAUUUGAAAUUUUAUUUGGAAGACCAUAUAGAUUACCAUACUUCAAAAGUCAAUGGGAAGCUGAUGAUGACGCUAAUCUCGCUGACUAUAUGCUUGUUGGAAAGGCAAAAUAAUAUAUUGUAUGUCAACUUGCUGAGGAUUCUACUGUCUCCCAGCAGGAGAUUCAGUUAGUUCAACCAGGAGAUUGGGUCCUCAUCAAAAAGAAGCACUGGCAUUUACCCAAGUGGGAAGGUCCCUACUAAGUAUCAUUGACAACACAAACAGCCCUAAAAGUAACUGAAAGAUCAACAUGGAUUAAUUUGAAACAUUGUAAAAAGGUCCUUUCAACAGAGAAACCCCGACGGGAAAGGUGAGCAAAGGUCUGACAAUAAGGUGGGUGCAGACAUUUAGAGUCUGAAAAUACCUGACGGUCAGUGAAGAAAUUACAAGACACCAAUCCUAGUAGAGGCGGAACUCCUAAGGUUCUCUGUGAAAUGACGGUAAUAAGAGCAAAGUAUUUUGUAAGUGAUAGAUAACUAUUAUGUUCAUAAUGGACAUAGGGCUGCUUGUAUGGGAUCAGACUAAUAACCUCAAAAAUGCAGACACAGUUGCCACUAAUGUAACCCCACUAACAGAUAGGCCAAAGUGAAGCACAUCAAAGACAGUACCUACACCAUGGAUUGUUAGUUGGGCGUAUAGAAAUUCUAUCCAUAUGACGAUUGGUCCGAACACAACCACAGUGGUUAGGAGACAAACCUGACAGGCCCCCAGAAAGGCUGGAUGGUUGCCUGGAGGGUGUGUUCCAAGCAACACUUGUCAGCCUUCCUGGUAACUUAUUGGCUCAACGUGAACAUGAAAAUGUCCAACAUUACAGGAUAUUAAAAGCAUGGCUUUUCAUCAACUUUUAUUUGAAACUUCUUCAAAGAUCCUGAGGGUCAUGGAACAAAAAAGUGGAGACCUCCUGCAGCGACGUACGACAGUUGUGCAAGAAGAUACGCCGCCGCAUGCCGGGCCUAGUCCGAGUCCUGACCUGAAUCCUUUUCAAAUGCGGUGGCAUGACCUUAAAAAGGCGCUUCACGCUGGAAAACCUUCAAACUCUUCAGAUACUUCUUCAUCCAAUGUAUGUAUUUGUUUAGAUGACACUUUGUGGCCCACUCAGGCCCUAAUUCAUGCAACGUGUGCACACUGACCUCAAGUGCUCAAUCAUUCCAGAGUUUUCCUCAUGGAGCAGUGAGGCACACACAUGGGAUGAUGAAGAGCAUCCCGCUUUUUUUACGCAAUACUUCCUAAUAGGCUUCUCUCUUGGAGACAAAGUGUCUGUAAGUCAUGUGCAACAAGAAUGAACAACAAGAACUUGUGUCCUACUUCAUUGGAACACUAAUUACUGGAUGUCUAGCUUGGCCGUUGUCAACCAUCUGUAGUUGGAAAAAAGCAAUUUUGAAAUGUGAACAAUAAUAAUAGAAACCAAAUAUAGUGCUGACCAACUUAGUGUUGCACUUCCUGUGUUGCACGAUGCAUGUAAAACACCUGCUCAGGCCCAAUCAUCUCUAAGAACAUGUCAUGUUUCCAGCAGCUCUCCAAAAAUGUCCAAACUUUGAUCUGCAGCCUUUCUGAUGGUCCCAACUCUCCAGCACUCUGGAAUAGACUUUCUUGGACUGUAGAUGUCAUCCCUCCACCUCGUCAGCCGGCUACAUAUAGAGCCACCACAGUCCUGAUUGGCAAGGGAGAACCCGCCCAUUGUGUUCUGUGUUCUGAUUGGCGUAUGUGUCCCACGGAUGUGUUUCACAAAUGAUCCAAUCCCAGGAACGUUUCAGUCUGGACGGGGCGUCAUUUUCAACUGUGAUGAAUUUUAUUCAUGAAUGGUUUGACAGCCGUAGUUUUCAGAGAAAUGAACAUGACGGUGUUCCAACUGUAUCCUUGAAUAUGAAGGUGUUCCAACUGUAUCCUUGAACAUGAAGGUGUUCCAGCUGUAUCCUUGAAUAUGAAGGUGUUCCAACUGUAUCCUUGAACAUGACGGUGUUCCAGCUGUAUCCUAGAACAUGACGGUGUUCCAGCUGUAUCCUUGAACAUGACGGUGUUCCAGCUGUAUCCUUGAACAUGGCGGUGUUCCAGCUGUACCCUUGAACAUGACGGUGUUCCACCUGUAUCCUUGAACAUGACGGUGUUCCAGCUGUAGCCUAGAACAUGACUGUGUUCCACCUGUAUCCUUGAACAUGACUGUGUUCCACCUGUAUCCUUGAACAUGACGGUGUUCCAGCUGUAGCCUAGAACAUGACUGUGUUCCACCUGUAUUCUUGAACAUGACGGUGUUCCACCUGUAUCCUUGAACAUGACGGUGUUCCAGCUGUAUCCUUGAACAUGACGGUGUUCCAACUGUAUCCUUCAACAUGACGGUGUUCCAGCUGUAUCCUUCAACAUGACGGUGUUCCAGCUGUAUCCUUGAAUAUGAAGGUGUUCCAACUGUAUCCUUGAAUAUGAAGGUGUUCCAACUGUAUCCUUGAAUAUGAAGGUGUUCCAACUGUAUCCUUGAAUAUGAAGGUGUUCCAACUGUAUCCUUGAACAUGAAGGUGUUCCAACUGUAUCCUUGAACAUGACGGUGUUCCAGCUGUAUCCUACAACAUGACGGUGUUCCAGCUGUAUCCUUGAACAUGACGGUGUUCCACCUGUAUCCUUGAACAUGACGGUGUUCCAGCUGUAGCCUAGAACAUGACUGUAUUCCACCUGUAUCCUUGAACAUGACGUGUUCCACCUGUAUCCUUGAACAUGACGGUGUUUCACCUGUAUCCUUGAACAUGACGGUGUUCCAACUGUAUCCUUGAACAUGACGGUGUUCCAGCUGUAUCCUUCAACAUGACGGUGUUCCAGCUGUAUCCUUGAAUAUGACGGUGUUCCAACUGUAUCCUUGAAUAUGAAGGUGUUCCAGCUGUAUCCUUGAACAUGAAGGUGUUCCAGCUGUAUCCUUGAACAUGACGGUGUUCCAGCUGUAUCCUUGAACAUGACGGUGUUCCAACUGUAUCCUUGAACAUGACGGUGUUCCAACUGUAUCCUUGAACAUGACGAUGUUCCAGCUGUAUCCUUGAACAUGACGGUGUUCCAACUGUAUCCUUGAACAUGACGGUGUUCCAGCUGUAUCCUGUUCCAGUUGAGGAAGGUCUGUUUAUGCCGUUUGUUCAAGCCAAGCUUCACACCUAAAUUCAGGUGCACUCACACAGGCCAUUAGUCUGCUAACUCUUCUAGUGGGAUGUUAACGUCCACACAUGUUGCUACAACAUCUUCAGCCCCACUUGGAAUGGAUUCACCACCCUAACCGAGGCAUUUCCUUGGAAAGUUACAACUAUUUUCUUUGGAAACUUUCAACCCCAGUGAGUUUCUAGGUGCAGCCAAAGCGUCAGGGGGGUGAUUCAGUCACUGCAAGCCAGCAGGAGGUGCUAGAGGCUGGAUUGUCAUGUAUGUGGGGUAGGUUCUUACCCCCUGCAAGGUGAAUGUGGUUUCCCUCAUUUGUAUCCCUUUACAAAAAAAUGAUGUCGUUAUUUAGAAAUGAUGGCAUCUAUUCCACGGGACAAAACAUCCAUACAGUAAUCCCUGUUGGCAUUGGCAUUGGGAAGACUGGAUCACUUGGACUUUUUGGAAUAGUUGAAGGUUCCCCUAGAAAUGGCACUAUGCUGUAUAUUCAUCUCCACAAGCGUUGGUACAUACUGUAGUCCAUGACCACACGGCGCUUACACCAGUCAUGGAGAGAUGACACUUACAUAUACACGUUACUUUGUGUACAAUAUAAUAAUAACACAAUCAUAUCAUCAUGUUGUAUUUCUUUUAUUGAUACAAAUAUAUGCUGUAUCAUGUGGGAUGUUUGUGUCAUGAGAUCCAAUGUCAAACUGCACUGGCACCACAUCAUUAGGUACACCUGCACAAUAUGUGCUUCUUAAACAACAAGUGGCUGAUUGCAAAGAAAAAAUGAUCAUAUUUUUGGAUCGGGAUGUUUCGCCAGUCACAAGACCCCCCAUCUACUGAACUGGACUUUACAGUCACUGAUCUCCUUCAGAUGACAGCGUCUACACAAGAUGUAGUCUAGCUGUGUGCUCCUACCUCCACUCUUAUAGGUCACCCUAUGUUCCUGCCUCUUCUGGAAGAAAGUAUUCACUAUAGCCAUUUCCAUCCUUUUUGCAAAGUCAACCACCAUCUGUCCUUCUGCAUUCCUCUCCUGGAUACCAAACCUGCCCAUGGCCUCCUCAUCCCCUCUGUUUCCUGCACCAACAUGUCCAUUGAAGUCUGCACCAAUGACAACUCUCUCUCUUCUAGGUAUGCUCUGCAUCACUUCAUCCAAGUCCAACCAGAAUGUCUCCUUCUCCUCCAGUUCACAUCCUACCUGUGGAGCAUACCCACUAACAACAUCGACCAUCACACCUUCCAUUUCUAGCUUCAGACUCAUCACUCAAUCUGACACUCUUGUUACCUCCAGGACAUUGCUAACAAACUCCUCCUUCAAGAUAACCCCUACUCUGUUUCUCUUCCUGUCUACACCAUGAUAGAACAACUUGAACCCUGCUCCUAAACUUCUAGCCUUGCUACCUUUCCACCUGGUCUCCUGGACACACAGUAUGUCUACCUUCCUUCUCUGCAUCAUGUCGACCAACUCUCUACCUUUUCCUGUCAUAGCUCCAACAUUCAACGUCCCGACUCUCAGUCCCAUACUCUUGGCGUUCCUCUUCUCUCUCUUCCUACGGACACACUUUCCUCCUCUCCUUCUUCCACCAACAGUAGUCCAAUUUCCACCGGCACCCUGCAGGUCAACAGCACCGAUGGCGGUCGUUGUUAACCCGGGCCUCGACCGAUCCGGACAUUCUUCUCAGCCACGUCGGCCUUUUUGGAUGUUUUGGAAGAGAUCCAUUUCAAAGUGGAUUAUUUUGGUUCUGAUGCGGCCCAGCCCGUCAUGUGCCGUCUGAUUGGUUAGAGGCCAAUCAGCACUGAAACACACACACACACACACGCUGGAGAGGAGACCGUUUCAUCCCAGUUUUGUUGGUUUCAUCCCAUUUCACAAUGUCAGCAUUCAUGUGCUCACACGACAAGCAACGAAUUCAUGUCCUGGUGACAUCCAACGGUAAAAAGGAGGUGGUGAUGUGUUUAUGGAACACGGUCAGCACGUUUCCAAUGUCUUCAUGAGCACCAUUUGGAAAGGGAAGUGGAAAUGAUUGUUGUGAACGUGCAGGUUUCCUUCCAUUGUCAAUGAUUGCAGUCCAGCUGUGGAUGGAUGGAUGAGUUCAUGUGCUGACGUGGAUGAUUGAUCUCAUGGCAUUUGUCUUCCACAUUCACGUCAACAAUCAAUGACUUGGCUUCUCGACCACAUGGACGCUAACGUCUUUGAUGAAGCAAGUCAUGUUUCUAGUUGCAUCGCAUAGAAUGAAACAUUAGAAUUGGACAGGAAGAACAAUCCAGCUAGCAAACAUCCAACUUUGGAACAAACCUUUCUUAUUCCUUCUUUGCGUUUGCUCUGAAAACACGGAUGGAAAAUAGGAGCGCUUCUUUUUCACUUUGGGCUUUCAUGUCAAACACCGAUAAACGAGUCACACGCCGAGUCGUCCGUGACCCCUUUUGUCCCUUUUGCUACCGUGCUGGAAAUUGGAAAAACAAUUUGUUCUGUUUUUGUUGUUUAGUUUGAGUCUCUGGAAAUAAAUGUUGAAAAAACAAGUCAUUCAUGUCGGCUUUAUUUUGAAAAGGAAUGAACGGAUGACACACGGAUUCAUCCCUUUUGUCCAUUUUUCCAAUUGUGUCCAAAAUAGAACACUGGAAAAAUGAUUUGUUGUCCGUUUCUUUGUUUUGCUCUGAAAAGAAGUCUUGAAAAAACAGGCCUUAUUUUGUUUUUCUUUGUUUGCUUUUAAUGUGAAAAGCCAAUAAAGGAAUGACGGGUGGAUUCGUCCUUGAUCUGUUUUGUCCGUUGUAUAACCGUGCUUGUCCAGCGUUUCUUUGUCUUUGUGAGAAAAGCAAAGGAGUGUUUAUUUGUGUGCUGGUGGCCAAGAAGCCUUCAAAGAGCAUCUCAGCACUCAAAGCACUCGGCUGCCUUGUGAUGGCAUCACGUGGCGUUGCUGGAAAUGAUGCGGGACGAUGAAACCUAUAAAAGGGACGUCACCGUCAGACACUCACUCUACAUCUCGCCUGGAAGAGACCGACAUCUCCGUUCUUCACGACCGAUCAUCCAACCGUCCUUCCUUCUUCCAGCCCGUUUGGUUCUGAGACGACUCUUCAGCGGACAAGAUGAGAAUGAUCCUUCUGCUGGUGCAGCUGGCCACCUGCUGUGCCAUCGGGUCGCGGGGGCAUUGUCAGGCUUGUUGGGAGGAGUCUGGUGUAGGAUCCCAAGAUGCAGCAGCAAGACAACUCCAGGCUCAGCUAUCAAGUGCUAUCAAUGUAACCUUGAAGUAUCCUACUUCAGCAGCUGGGACUGGAGUGCUCAAUGUAAACUCACCGAUUGUCCAGCAGGAGAGCAGUGCUCCAUCACCAAAGAUCAGAGUGCCUACCAGGUGGGCUGCAAGGCUGGUUGUAAAGAAGAUGCUAACACUAAGUGCUGUGAUGCUGAUGGAUGCAACAACUGGCUGAACGUGGGCGAGGAUGCUGAUGCAUGGAAGAAGGUGGAGGCCAUCAAGGCAGCUUGCAGCCCCUCCAGCAACGACCCCAAAGACUGCCUGAACGCCAUCGACCCAAACCUCAUCAGUGGUGGGGGGGGGCUGGCUGGUGCUUUGGGCCUGCCUUUGGUCUUGGCCAUCAGCGUGAUUGUGUUGGUGGUACUGGGCUAACCCCCCAUGCAGCCCCCCCCCGGCCAUCAGCGUGAUUGUGUUGGUGGUA